UCAGCUAGUCUGCCGUCAGGCUCGUGGCUUCUGUUCCCUUUUUCUCAUUGUGGUGAUGUAUGUUGCUUUCUUCAUCAUUUAGACCGGCUUUUCUAUUUGGAUACCUCCUUGUUGUCUCUCCCCCUCUUUCCUCGUUUCCUCCCAUCAGCGCACAUAGUCAGUUCGUGCCCGCCCGCCACAGCGCUAUCGAAUAGAGAACGUGUCCAGAUUUGCCCAACAUGCCUUUCGACACCGAGCUGACCCGACGAUUGGGUAUCAAAGUGCCCAUCGUCCAAGGGGGCAUGCAGCACGUCGGCACAGCCGACCUCGCCUCGGCCGUGUCCAAUGCCGGUGCCCUCGGCAUCAUCACCGCCCUCAUCUUCCCGACCCCCGAGGAGCUGCGCAAGGAAAUCCAGCGCUGCAAGACGCUGACGACCCGCCCCUUCGCCGUCAACAUCACUCUCCUCCCGGCCCUUGUACCCCCCGACUAUGCCGCCUACGCCCAGGUCGUCAUUGACGAGGGCAUCCGCAUCGUCGAGACGGCCGGCAACUCGCCCGGCCCCGUCAUCAAGCAGCUUAAGGCCGCCGGCGUCACCAUCCUGCACAAGUGCACGACGAUCCGCCACGCGCAGAGCGCCGUCAAGCUCGGCGUCGACUUUCUGAGCAUCGACGGCUUCGAGUGCGCCGGUCACGUCGGCGAGUCGGACAUCACAAACUUCAUUCUGCUGUCGCGCGCGCGCCAGUCGCUGAAGGUGCCCUUCAUUGCCAGCGGCGGCUUCGCCGACGGCCAGGGGCUUGCGGCGGCACUGUGCCUCGGCGCGUGCGGCAUCAACAUGGGCACGCGCUUUAUGUGCACACUCGAGGCGCCGAUCCAUCACAAGAUCAAGGAGGAGAUCGUCAAGGCCCAGGAAACGGACACGGCGCUGCUCCUGCGGCGGUGGAGGAACACCACGCGGCUCUACAAGAACAAGGUCACGGAGGAAGCCAUCAAGGUCGAGCUGGAGAGCAAGUCGGGAGAGUUUUCCGAGAUCGCGCCGCUCGUGAGUGGGAAGCGGGGCAAGGAGGUCUUCAUCACGGGCGAUCCCGACUAUGGCGUCUGGACGGCCGGGCAGGUCAUUGGGCUGAUUCACGACAUCCCCUCGGUCAAGGAUCUGGUUCCCAGGAUAGAGAAGGAGGCCGAGGCAGCGUUGCGGGAGAGGCUAUCGCUCAUCAAGCCGGCGGCCAAGUUGUAGAUAGCAGGCAUACACACUGCUGUCUGGAGAGAGAUAGAGAGAGAUGUAGAAUAAUGGACCACCAUGCGUAUUGUGACGAUUCUAUCCAAG